CAAUGGGAAACAGAACUGUGUUGUCAGUCCUUGACCAACAACCCUUAAGUCAGUGCCGUUUUUGUCAGCUUGUAUUUUGGUUAUGAUUUGUUUCCAGUAACUUUGUUGUGUUGCUGAGUUUUAGCCUGACUUGGCGAGGUUUCAAGAAUCAACAAUCGGACCCAACUUUUAUGUUUGUGUCGAAUGAAGAUACAAUGUCGACUGACUCAAAGCAGAGCAAAAGUUGCCCAAUUCCAACCCGUGUUUUUCAUCUCAAGGAGUGGUCUCAACUUCCCGAUUGUUACAGUCAAACGCCUGGGGGUACAUUGUUCUCUACUACACCAGGAGGAACACGCAUCAUUUAUGACAGGAAGUUCUUGCUUGACUGCCGGAACUCACCAAUCGCUAGUACACCUCCUUGCUGCCUUCCCCAGAUCCCUGGGGUGACUCUUCCCACUCUACAUCCACUGUCCAAACUUCAAGAAGUCAGAGAAGAGCUGGAGGAAGAAAAGGAUUUGCCAGCUGAUGACAGCCAGUUUGAGAUGGACAUUUGACGUUUUCACCUGCCUCCUGUGGACAUCAUUUUGUCAGCACUGAUGCUGCUCAGAAAAUACCAAUUAUCACUUCUCUGUGUGUUUUCCUCAAAGAACAAAAAAUAAAGUAUUGACAGAAACUAUGUUUAUUAAAGAAGACACAGUAAUAGUUUGUUUUCAUCUACUGCAAGAAAAAAAACUUUAUUUCCUAUGGUGAUGUAAUCAUUGUUUUGUAUCCAGUUUUAAUGGUAAAUAUAUGAAGAUUAAUUUUGAUUGAAACAUCCGUUGUCCUAAAUCUGGAAUUUACAGAUCGAAUCCAAGCAGUGUCACACUUAAUGAAUAUAACCAGGAAGCAAAAUGAACACAUCUGUCUCUGUCCCCAUUGUGAGUCUCUCACACUGUAUGUUGGUUUCAGGUUGGUUUCAUCUCCAAGGGCACUGCACUGGUUUGUGAUGCUACACAGUUCCCAUAGUUCAGAAGAGUAAAAAUGUGUAUUAUAUAUAUUAUCAGCCAGCAAUACACUAUAAAUGAUAAACAAAGUUGAUCUACCUCCUUCAUUGGUAGAUCAAAUAUAUGCAGAUGUUAAGGAAGCCUACUGUGCAGGUUCUGUGCAGUAGCUUGUGUUUACAGAAACAAAAAUAUUAAAAUGGGUUAUAAAUAACCAGAAUUGCAAAUCAAUUAUUGAGCACACUCUUUCCAGACAUUGUUGACAUUUGAGAACACUAAUUUGCAGUUAAUCUGCUAAGAUAUAUUUUCCCAUUUUACGUGUUAAUAAAACACAAUGAUAGUGUUUGCAGUUGUGUCCUAGACAUACAUUUUUGCUCAUUUUCACAUUGCUAGAAUGCCAUUCUGACCAAUCAGAGAGCAGGACUGGAAUCCCCUGUUUCAUAUUCUCCUUAAUAUUGACAAAAAUCAAUAUCACUUUUCAUUCACAAUGAUAUGAACUGAUUUCUGUAGAGAACAUUUGGAAAGAGAUUUGAUUUCACUUGGCCAAAAGCCAACUGAAAACUGGCUUCAGGAAAAUUACUCGUAUGAAUUAAGGUUUUGUACUGUGUGGACCAGGGCAUGAACAAUUGCUUGCUCCACAUAGAAAAGCAAACAAAGAAUAAAGCUUUCAGAAGUGAACAGGCAUCCCCUUAAUUUAAUUCUCUCAUUCUGUGAUUCAUGCAUUCAUUGUGAUAGCUAAGAUGGUCAAGGCACCAUGUUUUCUUUGAGUGAAAUAGCUCGGCCCCACACGCAAUUCUUUAUUGAUGCUGUAAAUGUCAUUACAACUCGUAUGAGCUUAAAUGUCCCAUCUUCACAUCAAGCAAAUUUGUGCAUAAUUUUUUAAAGAAUUACUGGUAGUUUAAAGCAUGCUAACAGCAUUAUCAUCAGUUCAUGUCAAGAUAUCAGUAAUAAAACAAUAAAGAUGUUUGCUAAUGAUACUCA